CCUGUCCGGCACAUUCAAGCCUCUAUACGUCGAGGCCACUCAUAGGGGACAGGUAGGCGAGUUACUACGGAGGUUGGCGACGGAUCCGCGGUGCGUUGCCAACAAUAUGGCCUCGUGAACAAGGCCCCAAGCCAUUGCUGAGAAUGGCAUAUCGCUUCUAAAAGUUAUAAAGACAAAAAGUCUUUUCACCCAGAACCGAUGAACAUCUGGAGUCCCAAAGGUAAAAGAAACCUUUGGUCAACACUUAGGGACCGGCCACAGUGCAAUCGGCGGCGCAGCCGCAUGCAUGGCCGGACGAGCAGCGGUGGCAGCGACCGGUGCUCUGGAGAUAAUCGAAACAUUCUCCAGUCGACCUGUUCCAGGCCGCACUGCGGACACAGCCCAAGCAAGGGACGGCGCGGCGAGCGCCAUGCUCUCGACCUCGAGUGGCCGAGGCGGUUCCCAGAGCAGCAGCAGCAGGGGCCGGAGCAGCCGGAGCGACGGGAGUGUUAAAAGGGACCGCCGGAGCGGCGGGACCAGAGGGAACAGCAGGGCCAGUGGUUGCUCCGGAAGCAGGCCAUUGCUAAGGCGAUGGCAGGCCUUAUACUCCGACACGUGGGUCGAAAAUCCGCUGGGCGAAGUGCUGGGACGAGUUACAGGCAGCCUGCCAUUCCCACGGUGUCACGUAGGCAUGCGCCCCUCAGCGCGACGCACCCCGGCCCCAGUUGCUCGCGGCCGCCAAGCCCCAACGUCCAGAGCCAUCGAGCUCUCCAGCGACGCGUCCUCUGAGGAGCAGUCCUCGGAGGAAGACUCCCCCUCCUCAUACGAGGGGGCUGACGAAGAGAGCGACCACCCCGCCACGCCUGUUGCUCGUGCGGUUCCGGUUCGAGGAACCCGCUCACAGACUCGAUCCCGCCAGGUUGCUUCUUCCGGUGGUGGUGUUGCUGUUGCUCGGGCCUCCCAGGCUGCCGCUGCUACCACGACUCCGACCCGUGGUAGUGCUGCUGGACGAGGACGAGGACAAGGACGUGGUCGUGGUGCUCCAUCGGCUUACUGCCCGUGUGCAGCCUCCAUUAUUAUUAUAUAUUAAGUGAUGCCACGCACAGACUUGGCCGCCGCCGUAGCGAGCCU